CAUGAAGGGACGCAUGCUUUUUUGGGGGUUUUCACGAUUUUUCACAACCUUGUAUUACAACCUUGUUUUAUUGUGGCUUUGUUGAAUUAUAAAACAAGUUUUGAGUAAUGUUGAUCGUUUGAACCUGUUUGAACUGUCAUCUCAAGGCUGCCAAGAAUGAUGUGCUUGAUAAAAUGGCAUACUUCCUGUUAUAUGGUGCUGGAAGUUACUUUCAUGUAGGUAUGGAGAAUAGUUAUGGCUUAUGAGCACAAGUAAGUCUUUCUUGUGCCAUGAUUGUCAUCUGCAGAAAAAAUAUCUUGUAUUAGUGCUGGUUAUAUUGAUGUGCAUCAUUAUGGAUAAUAAAAAUGAUAUAAAUUGAAAAGCUGAUCUAGCAAGGGAAACAGGUAGCAUGCCAUCGACAUCAGAGAGCACUGUAAAGGAAGGCCCAGGACAGCCUUCAACCCAAAUAACUAAGAAGAAAACUUAUCGAAUGCCAUCGUGGAAAAUCAGGCGACUAAAGGGACGUGGCAUCGGUGCCUUGCUGAAGCAACUGCAGCCAGAUGGCUGUGCUGGACAGGAUCCCACACCAUCAGGUCACCUAGAGGGUGAAACAACCGAUCCUGUUCAGAGAAUCUCGCACAAUGCAGAGAAGUUCAGGGAGAGCAAAGCGCUUAACCUGGCUAGGAAGUCCGAUUCAUCCGAGCAAGAAGGCCGGCCUCUGGCGGAACAAGCUCAACCCCCAAUAAAGGAUAGCUGCAGCUCUCCGGUGCAUCCACCUGUCAGCAUUCCGAAGUUGGACAAAAGGCUAGCCCAACAAGAGGAAGGUGUCAAAGAAAGUGGCGGAAAGAAUGCCUUUAAGAGGAAAAUGACUGCGCUUGUUCGAAAGAGCCCGGAAUUACGAAAAUAUUGGCACCAACGCUACCGUCUCUUCUCUAGGUUUGACGAGGGAGUUCGUCUGGACCGGGAGGGCUGGUUCUCGGUGACGCCCGAGCGAAUCGCGCGGCACAUCGCCGACCGGUGUCGCUCGGACGUCAUCGUGGACGCGUUUUGCGGCGUCGGCGGCAACGCCAUCCAGUUCGCCGCCACCUGCCGGCUCGUGAUUGCGGUGGACAUAUGUCCCGAGCGUGUGGAGCUGGCUCGGUUUAACGCCGGCGUGUACGGUGUGCAGGACCGUAUCCAGUUUGUGGUCGGCGACUUUUUCGAGCUGGCACCGCGGCUGCGGGCCGACGCCGUGUUUCUUUCGCCUCCUUGGGGUGGUCCUGAGUACUCGAAUGCUGAGGUGUACGACAUGUACCGACUGGACGGUACAAUGGAUGGUCGCGAGAUGAUGCGAGCCGCCCGCUCCAUCUCCAAGAACAUCGCCCUCCUGGCGCCGCGCAGUGCCGAUGUAGAUCAGCUGGCGGCGAUGGCCGGCCCGGGCGGUCGGGUGGAGGUGGAACAGAAUCUCCUCAACGGCCGGGCCAAGACCAUCACGGCAUACUACGGGGACCUGAUCGGCACGGGCGAGUCAUGAGACAGCGGUGAAACGGUGCUUCUGAAGGUGGAAUGGCCAGAUGGUGCUCCUGUGGUGUAUUGUGAUGACAUGAAUACAGAAAAGCCAUGCUGUGUUGUAACUUGUAA